UCAAUUCUGCUAUUUUUCAGGCCAAAGUCAAAGGAGUACAAAGUGUCAACGUGCAAAAGGGGUACAUCUAAGAUAUCAAAGCUUUAGAUCUACGGACAAGCACAGAGUUCAGUGUCAGCCGGCGACACUGUUAGACAUUUGAAAAACAGAAGCAAACAGCAUAUGAGCGCCGACAAGACAAGAAAGCGAGAUUCAAUUCAUUAAAAGAAUGGAUAAGCUAUUCCCAAACAACACAAGUAAGGUCCUGUUAAAUGAAUCGACAGAGCAGAACGUKGUCAACUGUCAGUUAGUCCAGAGUAACAUGUGGUAUGUUGAAGAUCUUACGACAAUCUACAUCAUUGCCUGCAUAUUCAACUUUGUGUUUGCCAUAGUCGCUGUCGUUGGUAACUUCUUAGUACUGCUAGCUAUUAUCAAAACACCUACAUUACACAAACCUUCUAUAUUUCUAAUGUGUAAUCUCGCUGCUAACGACCUUGCAGUGGGUCUUCUCGUUCAACCAAUCUACGUCAUCUACAAAGUCGCAGAAAUGAAUGGUCUUGUGACUAUGUCAUGUUAUUGCGGCGUUGUCGUCAACAUGCUGGCCAAUCUCUUUUCUGGCAUGUCUUUCAUAACAGUCACGUGUAUCAGCAUCGACAGAUACCUGGCUCUGUACCUUCACUUAAGAUACGUUUCUGUGGUAACCACACAACGAGUGGUCAAGGUUUUCGUUGUGAUAUGGGCAAUCAAUAUAAUAUUCGUAACAUUUUAUCCCUGGAAAACUUCAGUUGCCUUGGCCUAUGGAAUCCUUAUAAUCAUUGCUUGUCUUUUCAUUGCAACGUUUACCUUUACCAAGAUACAUGUCAUUGUUCAAAGACAUCGAAGAAAGAUAAACGAUCUGACAGGACAAUCUUCUAAUGUUUUGGACCAAAAUCCUGCCUCUCUUCGUGGGAUAAAUAUACCAAAAUUUUGGAAAUCAGUCCUCACAAUGAAAUAUGUCUAUAUCCUCUUGUUGGCGUGCUUUUUUCCAUAUAUGGCAACUUUGGCAACUCGAGUUGUGAUUGGCCUCACAAAAGAGUACAAAAUGGCCUUGAACAUCACAACGACUAUAAUCUACAUCAAUUCGUCUAUCAAUCCUAUCGUGUAUUGUUUUAGGUUAAGAGAAGUACGUAAUGCUGUACUCAAAGUACUUGGGAAAAGAGUAAGAGAAGACAACACAUCAGGGACAUUUCUUAGUUCAUCUUUAGGAAACAGAAACUCCUUUGUUAUCCAWCAAUCACCCAGGAACCACGAAUUGUAAUAUAUGUAAUGUUUAUUUAUUUAGUUAGCUUUCCUUGUAAGGCCAGGCACAACACAAAAGCAUAGACACGUACUGUGGGCCCUGUAGUCUAUAGUAGGGGCACUUGAAGAUGGUCGUCACYAGUGUCUUCAGUGGAUCUUUUAUACGUCCGCCUUAUGCAGGGUUGUAUAGUGAAGACAGACGACCGGGCCUACGGUCUUAAGUCCUUGUUUGAGAAUGCGCAACAAUGCCCAAUGAUAGAUAAAAUAGAGUUAUAGGGGAAAACGAGAGUUUGCCGUAAAGGGAGCAGAAGGCUACCUGAGAUGCAAAACUGUAAGAAAGACAGCACGGCGGAGAAGUGACGAUCUCAUCGAUUGGUUACUAUCCAUAGACGUCUACGAUUUACGAGUCUAGCUCCCUACCAGCAUACAGUGGUUCUUUUGAGUCCCUGUUGAAAAACUUUUAACGAUACCCUGAAACAGUGUCUGGCUGAACAAAGUCAGGGCACCCUUAACUUUCCCCCCUUUUUCAAAUUUAUUUAUCUAUUCAAACUUUUAGAAAACAAAUAUUGCAUCGGUUCAGAAUACAUUUUAUUUUAUCUUUCAGUUUCAAUUUUGUGUCACAGAUUUUAAAGUUACCAGAACAAGUAAUUUUUGCGAUUAAAUAGAUUCAUGCAUAUUAGUUUACAGUACUUCAUUGAUACGUAUUAGUCCCUAGGGAUUUAUAGUAUUUCACUGUAAUACACUUAUAGUGAGUCAUACAUUAAACUGAUGAUGGACGAUGGAUAUCCUCCGAAAUAUCUUACUCAAAAAACGUCUAGUCAUUCUUUUCGUAUAUAAACUUUUGACCCAAAGAAAMGUAUUCAAAUAGAUUCAUGUUUUUA